AUGUGGUAUAUCACUGCAAAUGAGGAUUAUGCUACCAAGGCGACACAGAUCUUGGACGCUUGGGGUAGAACCUUGAAAGUGGUAAAUGGCACCGACGGUCAACUCGCGGCUGCCCUCUCUGGAAGCCAGCUGGUUAAUGCAGCAGAAAUUAUCCGCUACACAUACCCAUCGUCGUCUUAUCCCAACGGCUGGACAAGUGAUUCUAUUUCUGCGUUUUCAACAAUGGUACAGGAUAUCCUGGUACCCCCUGCAUCCCUUACUAACACGACAGCAGCCGUAGCAUACCCUUUUGAAGCAAACUGGGGCACGAGUGGGGAGAAAUUUAUGCUCGCUGCAGCGGUUUUUACGGAGAACACCACGCUAUACGACUAUGCUAAAGAGUUAAUCCUCUAUUCAUCGUGUGCCAAUUUAUCAGGUACCAUUUCGCCUACCGGUCAAGCUUCAGAGAGCGGUCGAGAUCAACAACACACUCAACUCGGGCUUGGCAACCUAGUAGAGGCAUUUCAGGUAACUACAAACCAGUACGACCCCCAAGACCUAUUUGCGGAGUUGGACAACAGGCUCUUGUCUGGCUUGGAAUAUACCGCCAAGUAUUUGAUGGGAGGAUCCGUACCCUACGACGAGAGUUUCGUUCGAUGUGAUGCAAACCUGUUAGGAGGCCCGUGGCCGGCCAUUUCAUCAUCAGGAAUGACACCCAUACGACCGAUCUGGGAAGCCGGUUACGCUCACUAUGUCAAUGUGAAAGGCCUCUCAAUGCCGUAUACGAAAGCUUUGAUCCAAGCGAAUACACCCGACGGACAGAACCCGUCAACUUCCAUUGCCGACAAUGCUGCAUUUGAAACUUUGAGGUUCAGGUUGCAAAAUUCAGGCCUCUGA